GCUCACGACAGACGGGUGGACGUCCAGGGGAACAGAGAGCUAUAUAACAAUAACCGCUCACUUCAUCACGGCAGACUGGGAGAUGAGAAGUCCGGUGCUGCAGACACGCCCCCUCUACGAGAGUCACACAAGCGCUCAUCUUGCGCAGGUGCUGACAGAAGCGGUGGACGAAUGGAAGCUAAAGAGGCCCAGUACUAAUAUCCCAGUCACAACUGACAAUGCCAAAAACCAAGUUAAUGCCGUGAUUGAGGCAGGACUGGGCCCACAGAUAGGGUGUUUUGCACAUGUCGUAAAUUUGGCAUCUCAAAAGGGAAUCUCUGUCAGUAGGAUGGACCGCCUCCUUGGGAGGAUCAGGAAGGUGGUUUCCUAUUUCCACCGAAGCACAACAGCUGCCCAUGUGCUGAAAACAAAGCAAGAAAUGCUAAAGCUGCCUAAACACAAGCUCAUAAAUGAUGUGCCAACCAGGUGGAACUCCACUUAUGAUAUGCUGGAGCGUUAUCUGGAGCAGCAGGCAGCUAUAUACUCUGCACUGACUGACAAGACCCUAAAGAAAAUUGUCAAGGACAUCAUUACCCUGUCUGAUGAUGAUGUGAGAGUGGCAGAGGAGGUCCUCCAGGUGCUUCAACCCCUCAAGAUGGUAACAUCUCUUCUGAGCACUGAAAGUUCACCAUCUGUAUCGAUGAUCAUGCCCCUAAAAACAAGGAUUCUACAAUCCAUGGCUCCAGGUGUGGAAGACAGCACCAUCACACAAGAUGUCAAGACUGCCAUUAGAGAGGACCUGCAGCCCAGAUACACUUCACCCCCUACUCUACAGGACUACCUUCACAGAGCUACUGCCCUGGAUCCAAGGUUCAAGUCCCUGUCUCACAUGGACCCUGCCCUACGCCAGAGGACAUACAGUGACCUCACCACCGAGAUUGUGAGCAGUCUGGGCACUAAAGACUGUGAUGAGGGUCAAGCUCAAGCUGCAGAGCCAACAGGAGCAAACUUGGACUCAUCAUCUCCUCCACAAAAGAAGUCGGCGAUGGCAGAGCUUUUUGGAGAGACCUUUGCCAGCAAAGACAACAAGACUUCUGCUGACAUCAUCAAAGAGGAGGUGACAUCAUCAAAGAGGAGGUGGAAUCCUAUCUGCUGGCAGCAAGCGGCAUUACAGUGGAUGGUGAUCCGAUGACAUGGUGGAAAAGCAAUGAGUGUAAAUACCCUCAUGUUGCCAAGAUGGCAAGAUGCUAUCUCGCUGUGCCAGGCUCUUCAGUUCUUUCUGAGAGGGUGUUCUCAACAGCAGGGGACAUAGUGACUGCACAGAGGUCCACACUCUCCCCAGAGCAUGUAGACAUCCUUGUCUUUUUGAAAAAGAAUUUGAAAUUAUAAGCUCAGGAAUGCUUUGCUUUCUUUCUUUUAUUCUUCUUUGAUGUGGACAUAUUAGGCUUUCACUAUCCAUGUUUCAAGGAAGAAGAUAUGUUGCACUUUUAGUUGUUUUUGGCUCUUUGCCCAUUGGCCCAUGUCUCAAGGAAGAAGACAUGCCUUUAUGUUGCACUUAAAGUUGUUUUUCAUUAUGUUAAAAAGAAGAUAUUAUGCCUUGUGCACUGUAACUUGAUUUUAUAUAAUUUCAAAGUAAUUUAAGAGUGUUAAUAAACAAAAAGACAAAACUUUUGUUUGUCUUGUGUUUUUUUUUUUU